UUAUAUAAUUUGAAUAUAACUUAUGAGAGUCAAAUUUCCAUAUAAUUAUUAAUUACAUCCUUGAUUAAUAAAUAAUAAGUUUUAUUUUAUUUAUUUAUUUUUUUCUGGAAGUUUGACACGUCACUUCACUUCCCCGCGAGAUGAAGCCCUAACUUCCCACCCCCUGUUUUAGUGUUUUUCACUUCCAUUUUUUUUUUUCUUUGACACAGAGAACAAGACGGCGCGAAGCAAAUGUCGCGUCGUGAAAUUCGGGAAUCCGACUCCAAUCGCCAUCGUUCCAGAUUCGAUGGAGAAUCCAGUCCCAAGAGGUCAAGGAGGGACAGGAAAACAUUAGAGGAGAAGUUAUCUAGAAACUCUAGUUCUCAUGUUGAAGAUAAUAAAGAUCGGGAUCAGAAACAUG